AUGCCCCCUCCGAAGCUGUCCUACGGGCUCAAUUUGCCCAGCAAAAAAGCUCCAAUCUCGAAACUCGGACCGCCAGGUUCCCAGAAACGCAAGAAGACCAUCUUCGAUUCCGACUCUGAAGGCGACAACCAGAACGAUGCCGGCGACGGCGGCGGUGACGGCCCCAUCGAGAUAACCACAAUUGGCGGUCUCGAAGAACCACCCAGACCGUCCACCAACGAGCGACAAACUACAGAACCGCCUGCAAAACGAAAACCAUUGGCUGGUCCCCCAACCGGCAAACCCAACAUCAAACCCCUAAGCAAGAACUCCAUCUUUGCCGACGGGGAAGAGACCCAAGAACCACAGGCAAUGCCGCUGGGCCUCAACCCCGCGAAAAACAAAUCCAGCGCGCCACCCACCGCCGAGCUCACAAACCUUUCCGCCCUCCGCAGUAGCAAGAAACACGCCGAGGACGCCCAACAGCUUGACCCCACCAUCUACUCCUACGACGCCAUCUACGACAGCCUGCAUGCCGCCAAAUCUGACAAAGCCAAAGCCGCUUCCGCGGACGCCAAAAACGACGGGCCGCGGUACAUGACCUCGCUAUUGCGCAGUGCAGAGAUCCGCAAGCGGGACCAGCUGCGCGCGCGGGACAGGCUGCUCGCCAAAGAGCGUGAGGCAGAGGGCGACGAGUUCGCCGACAAGGAGAAGUUCGUGACGUCCGCGUACAAGGCGCAGCAGGAGGAGCUGCGGCGGAUCGAGCAGGAAGAAGCAGAGCGGGAACGGCAGGAGGAGGAGCGGCGGAAGCAGAACGGCGGGGCGGGGAUGGUCGGGUUCUACCGGGACAUGCUAUCGCGAGACGAGCAGCGGCACGAGGAAGUCGUCAAGGCUGCAGAGGAGGCCGCGCGACGGGUGCAGGCGGGCGAGAUCCCAGCCGACGAAGCCGCCGCGGAGGCGGAAGCAAGCAAGGAAAAGACCGAGGCGCAGAUCGCCGCGGAGCUCAACGCCAAGGGCGCGCACAUCGCCAUCAACGACGAGGGCGAAAUCGUCGACAAGCGGCAGCUGCUGUCCGCGGGGCUGAACGUCGCGCCCAAGCCCAAGCCGUCCGCCUCGGCGAGCGCCGCUGCGGCUGCUGCUCGUGCGGCUGCCAACAAGCCGCGUCUCGACUCGGGGCACCACGCGGCGCGGACGAACCAGCGCGCCCGUCAGACGGAGAUGAUCGCGCGACAGCUAGAGGAGAAGGCCCGACAGGAAGCCGAGGCCGAGGCCGCGCGACAGCGGGAGAUCGCGGAGCGCACGCGUACUCGCAAAACGGAGACGGAUGUGCUGAGCGCGAAGGAGCGAUAUCUGGCGAGAAAGCGGGAGCGAGAAGAAGCGGCCAAGAAGGGGUCGUAG